GUCAAGCCAAAAUAAAACAAUUUAUAAAGUAAAUAAUUAUAUCUACAGUUUCCCAAAAAAUGUGUGCUGGCUCAACAUACGCAUAUUUAUCGUGACGAUGUAUAGUUACAAUGUUAAGUUUCUGACAUGCGACGAGUCCAUCACUUUGAAAAACGGGGACUUUAAAAGUUACAAGUAUGAGACCAAGAAGAAGUCCGAGGAAUCGGUGUAUGAUAGUGGUAAGAGGAGUUUCUGCGAGCGUCGAGGUGGACACUGGGCGGCAGUGAACCCUCGUCAACUCAAGAAACUCGAGGCAAAUUUUCGAGAGCGCACGGCAGUAUACUGUGAAUGGUUGAAUGAAAACCUGAUUGUAAUAGUAUUCUCGUCUGGUGCUAUCGCCUACCUCACUGUGAAACCUAGCACUUUGGAUGUGACACAGAUUUUGUUUGAUAGAUAUGUUGUUGGGAAGAUAUCUGGACAGUCCGUUACUGGAGUUGCAUUCUGCAAGUCGCACUUACUGUUCACACACACAGACCGAACUGCAACACUGAUCACUUUUGGCAAAAGUAUACCGAAUCAGCCAUGCCGUAUAAAAGACAGAGAUCCACACCUACAAACAGUAGAACUAGGGGGCUCUCGGCGCACGGAACGAAGAGUGUCCUGGUGCGAAGGCUCAGGUGUGAGAGUGCUGGUGUGGGGCGCGGCGGCGGUGGAGCCGGCGCCCUGGAGCCCCGCGCUCGAGGACCAGGCCAACCUGCACCUGUACCUGAUCCGAGGGCAGCAAAUGAGUCUACUAGCCUACCACCAGUUGGAGAACGAAACGCUAUGCGCCGAGAUCUCAUCGAACAAUGACAAUAUCAUCCACAUUAUUGAACAGACUCCGUGCCAUAAGAGUGGGGUAACCAUAGAAUGGUCGCGCUACACCGCUCCGACGUCCGAACUGCGUGCGAUCCGCCUGCGUGCCACCAACGUAGAGCGCACCGCCACCACGCUACCCGCGCCCGCUCGGUGCGUGCGCCGCGCGGGCAGUCGCUUACUGCUCGCUUGUAUUGAUGGCUCGCUGCAUGUGUUGCACCAACACGUUGGUAUCACGCACGAGGCGAGACUCGGCUCGUCUAGUCUCUGUUCAAACGUGAAGCGCAUCGCCACGCUACCCGCGCCCGCUCGGUGCGUGCGCCGUGCGGGCAGUCGCUUACUACUCGCUUGUAUUGAUGGCUCGCUACAUGUGUUGCACCAACACGUUGGUAUCACGCACGAGGCGAGACUCGGCUCUGUGGCGACAGACGUCCGUUGGGCAGGGUCGCUCAUACUAGCGGCGUCCGAUGGUUUGCAGUGCUUCGACGGCGCACUCGCAGUUUUGCCGCAACCUCCGCACCUUUCCAAUAUACUGCGAGAGCCGCGUCGAAUGCAUCUCCUAGCCACGCGGAGCGAACGCGGCGGCCCUCUCGUGCUGGCGUCCUUCAGCGGAGGGCCUUUGGCGUUAAUACGGGUCUCACACCCGGAGUUAAUGACGGCGUGGAUCCGUCUCGGGCGCCCCUCCAACGCCAUAUCCCUCCUCCGCGCUCAAGACUGGGAGGAGUCCGGCGCCGCCUGCCUCCGCGCCGCUUCCGCGCUGCUCACGACAGCCCUGCGCGGAGCCCUGCGCCCCGACACGGAAGCUAGGGCGCAAGCGGCGUUAGGGGCGUACCUGGCGCCCAAGGCUCCGCACGCGCCUAAUGCACAGAAAUAUGCACCAGCUGUACAUGAUCUGGCUAGGAAGUUCUUUCAUCACUUGUUAAGACGGGGCCGUGUCGAGAAAGCCCUAAGUCUCUGCAUGGACCUCGCAGCGUGGGACCUGUGCAUGGACGCGCGCUGGGCCGCCGCCCGCGCGGGACACCCGCUCUGGCUGCCGAGGCAGCCGCUCUCGCCAACUCCGUCGACAACAAAAUCCGUCUGCUCGGAAUCGUGCUCACAAUGCUCCUCCGACUCCUCUACGUCGCAUCCCCCCCUCCCGCGCCCGCCGCUCCCCGCGCCCCCCCUGCUCCCCGCGCCUGCCCCCGCGCCCGCGACCACAACGAGCAUCCGACCGAAUCUCCACCAGUACCUGGAGAAGAACAACACUAUAUGGAACACGGAGGUCAAGGACGACUGGCCCGACUACAGGAGGGAGUCCUCUAUAGAAGUCAUCCCGCGCCCGGACGCGCACUUUAGACAUCUGUACCAGACCGAGCUGAGAGAAGACGCGCCUAACACUAUGUACAGGUACAACGGGUACAGGCCGGGAUCUUCGGAGCGUACCCUAAAAGUGGAAGGGUACGAGCGACAGAAACCCGAGAAAAACAAAGUCAAGUUCUCAGACACAGUCACCAUCGCUGUUGUGGCUUCAGAAGGCAACGUCGGUUCGGUGGCGCGGGAGCUAGCCGACAGCCUGCCGCUGUGCGCGCCGCACAACUACCUGGCGGCGUUCGCGCCGCACCCGCCGCAUCCGCCGCACCCACCGCCCGAGAACGCUGCUCAAAAACCGCCUAAAAUUAAAGUUGUUCAUUUUGGUAUGGUAUAAUUUUGAAAGCCAUUCAAAGUGAGUAUGUUAAUAGUAGAACUUGGUAUAACUAUUGUAUAGUACUUAAAUUGUUUAUUAUGCGAAUCCGUCCAGUUACUUAAUGAAGAUGUUUUAGAAUUAAGUAAUUAUUACUUAAAUAUUAUUAGAGUAAGUACUUUAUUUUUAAGCACAAAGCUACUUUUUUAUAGCCAGUUAUUAUAUAAAUAUAUUUCUUUUUGAGACAAGUAUCUACAGAGAUGGGUUGUGAUUUUACAGUCAUAAUAAACCAUGUUUAAUAUAAUCCUGUACUUUUUUUACACUAACCAAGUAACCACUAUUUAUAAAUAGUACAUUGUGCAACUGAGGGUGGAAGUUAGAUAUUGCAAACGAGGGUAUGUUAAAUCGCGACGGCUUGCCGGAGCAAUUUAGACUCAAGUUUGGAAUAGUCUUACGCCCCGGGUUGGGUCUGUUUGUUUCAACGUGGGACAAUUGACCCUAUAUGAGAAUAAUAUAUAGGUACAUAAGUAAAAUUAAAACGUUCUACAGCCAUUACGUAAACAAUUAUAAACUGCCUAACUAGACACCAAUAACACGUAGCGUGUUAUUUGAGCUUAAGGUCAUCUAAUUUUGU